GGAUGGGAUCGGGUUUCUUUUUUUCUUUUUUUUUUGGCAGCCCUAGAAGUUUCCUUUUAUGCGAGCGAUUAAGGGAAGUCGAUCAGUGAGGGAGUGUGAUUGAGAAAGGUAAUGAAUGAGUGUGAUUAGGCAGAAACUAACGGUGCCAUCUUUCCUGCGACAGAGUUAUUGGUAGUAUCGGCGAUGAGUAACUUGAAGGGGUCGCCGUACCGCCGGGCCAAUGACGAUGUGGAGGCCGGAGGUGCUCAGUCUGCCGACUUGGAAGACGACGACUCAUCCUCCUCCUACGGUGCUUUCAACAUUACCAGCACUAAAAAUGCUUCUGUCGACCGUCUCCGCCGAUGGAGGCAAGCGGCGCUUGUGCUGAAUGCUUCUCGUAGAUUCCGUUAUACACUAGAUUUGAAAAAGGAAGAAGAGAAGAAGCUAAUAUUGAGGAAGAUAAGAGCUCAUGCACAAGCCAUUCGAGCUGCAUACCUUUUUAAAGCAGGAGCAGGAGCAGUUGCAGAACAAGAAACCAAUGGAGAUGUAAAAAAACCACCUCCAGAUGGUGGUGAUUUUGGUAUUGGACAAGAGCAACUUGCUGCAAUGACAAGGGAUCAUAGUUUACCUACAUUCCAAGAAUAUGGAGGGGUUAAAGGGGUAGCAGAAUUAAUUAAAACAAAUGUAGAGAAGGGAAUCGAUGGGGAUGAUGAAGACCUGCUAAAAAGAAGAAAUGCAUUUGGGUCAAACACAUAUCCUCGGAAAAAAGGCAGGAGUUUUUGGAUGUUUCUGUGGGAGGCAUGGCAAGAUCUUACUUUGAUCAUACUAAUGGUAGCUGCAGUGGCUUCCCUGGCUUUGGGUAUUAAGAGUGAGGGUAUAAAGGAAGGAUGGUAUGAUGGAGGAAGCAUUGCAUUUGCAGUUCUUCUUGUUAUUGUUGUUACAGCUAUUAGUGAUUACAGACAGUCGCUUCAGUUUCAAAAUUUAAAUGAGGAGAAGAGAAACAUACAUUUGCAGGUCAUUAGAGGCGGCAGAAGAAUUGAUGUUUCAAUUUAUGAUCUUGUUGUUGGUGACGUAAUACCUCUGAAUAUUGGUAACCAAGUUCCUGCUGAUGGUAUUCUAAUCUCUGGUCAUUCACUCGCAAUAGAUGAAUCUAGCAUGACUGGGGAAAGCAAAAUUGUUCAUAAGGACUCUAAAGAACCAUUUCUAAUGUCUGGGUGUAAAGUAGCAGAUGGAAGUGGUACGAUGCUGGUCACAAGUGUUGGAAUUAAUACUGAAUGGGGAUUGCUCAUGGCUAGUAUUUCAGAGGACACUGGUGAAGAAACACCUUUGCAGGUACGCUUAAAUGGGGUUGCAACAUUCAUUGGAAUUGUUGGUCUCACAGUAGCUUUUGCUGUUUUGGUUGUCCUUCUGGUCAGAUACUUCACUGGGCAUACAAAAAAUGUAGAUGGUACUAGUCAGUUUAUUGGAGGGGUGACUAAAGUUGGUGAUGCUGUAGAUGGAGCCAUUAAAAUUGUUACUGUUGCGGUCACUAUUGUUGUAGUUGCGGUUCCUGAAGGGCUUCCAUUGGCUGUUACUUUAACUCUUGCAUACUCAAUGAGGAAAAUGAUGGCAGAUAAAGCCUUGGUUCGAAGGCUUUCUGCAUGUGAGACAAUGGGUUCUGCAGAAACCAUCUGUAGUGAUAAGACUGGAACCUUAACUCUAAAUCAGAUGACUGUUGUUGAGGCCUAUGUUGGUCCGGAAAAAAUUGCUCCUGCUGAUAACAAGUCACAGUUGUCUCCAAUGCUGUCUUCUUUACUUUUUGAAAGUAUUGCUCAGAAUGCGAAUGGUGGUGUUUUUGUACCGGAGGGUGGGGGUGAAGUAGAGGUUUCUGGAUCACCAACAGAAAAGGCCAUUAUUUCCUGGGGAAUUCAGUUGGGAAUGAAUUUUGAAGUUGUCAGAUCAGAAUCUACAAUUCUUCAUGUUUUCCCAUUCAGCUCAGAGAAAAAGCGAGGCGGUGUUGCAGUUAAACUUCCUGACUCUCAAGUUCAUGUACACUGGAAAGGAGCUGCUGAAAUAGUUUUGGCUUCAUGUACGCAGUAUAUUGAUGAGAGCAAUCAGGCAGUAGCCAUGGAUGAAGAAAAGGUUCUUCAUUUCAAGAAAGCUAUUGAUGACAUGGCUGCAAAGGCUUUACGUUGUGUUGCUAUUGCAUACAGAACAUGUGAGCUAGAAACAGUUCCAACUGAUGAAGAACAACGAUCUCGUUGGGCAUUACCUGAGGAUGAUCUUGUUCUACUUGCCAUAGUUGGUAUCAAGGAUCCUUGUCGGCCGGGGGUUAGAAAUGCAGUUGAACUAUGCCAAAAUGCAGGCGUCAAGGUACGCAUGGUCACAGGUGAUAAUCUUCAAACUGCCAUAGCAAUUGCAUUGGAAUGUGGUAUACUUGGUUCAGAAGCAGAAGCUACAGAGCCAAAUGUCAUUGAAGGAAAAGUAUUCCGUACAUAUUCUGAGAAAGAAAGAGAAGAUGUAGCUGAUAAGAUUACAGUUAUGGGACGUUCUUCACCUAAUGACAAGCUUCUGCUUGUGCAAGCAUUAAAGAGAAAGGGACGUGUUGUUGCUGUGACUGGAGAUGGAACAAAUGAUGCUCCUGCACUACAUGAGGCUGAUAUUGGUCUUGCUAUGGGUAUCCAAGGAACUGAAGUUGCUAAAGAGAGUUCAGAUAUUAUUAUUUUGGAUGACAAUUUUGCUUCAGUUGUGAAGGUUGUUAGAUGGGGCCGAUCUGUAUAUGCAAACAUUCAGAAAUUUAUUCAGUUCCAGCUCACAGUUAAUGUUGCAGCACUUAUUAUUAAUGUUGUGGCUGCUGUUUCCUCUGGUGGUGUUCCACUUAAUGCAGUGCAGCUUCUUUGGGUUAAUCUUAUCAUGGAUACUCUUGGUGCAUUAGCAUUGGCUACUGAACCCCCUACUGAUCACCUGAUGCAUAGACCCCCAGUUGGCCGAAAAGAACCUCUUAUAACAAAUAUCAUGUGGAGAAACUUGCUGCUCCAGGCGUUUUAUCAAGUCACUGUCUUGCUUAUCCUCAAUUUCCGUGGUACGAGUUUAUUGAACUUGAAACACGAUAACGUUGCACACGCUACUAAAUUGAAGAAUACCCUGAUAUUCAAUGCGUUUGUUCUUUGCCAAAUAUUUAAUGAGUUCAAUGCCCGAAAGCCGGAUGAAUACAAUAUAUUUGCAGGAAUUACUAAAAACUACCUAUUCAUGGGAAUUAUUGCAAUCACACUUGCUCUUCAGAUUGUUAUUAUCGAAUUUCUUGGGAAGUUUACAACAACAGUCAGGCUGAAUUGGAAGCAUUGGUUGAUUUCUGUCGUCAUUGGUUUCAUCAGUUGGCCUCUUGCUGUUGUUGGAAAGAUGAUACCUGUUCCCAAAACCCCUUUAAGUACUUUCGUUACAAGAAAGUUUCGACGGCGAAGAAAUUCAAGAAGUGAUUAGUGUGCAAGGGGAAAAAAGAUCAUGUUCUAAAGAAUUUUGUGCGAUUGGGGGUCAUCUUUUGAUGUGUUGUUGGUCCCAUGGCACUCAAUAUCUUGUGUUGCUAAUUGGUUAUUACUUGGUUGACACCUACCUAACAAGGAUAACACCAAAAAUUACCUUACAUUCUGUUUUUUUCUUUGUUGUGUUUUUAUUUUUGGGUCAUGUUGUGUACACAUUUGUUUUCGAGGCAUGUUUUGUAAUCCUCGGUUUACGUUAGGUGAGUGCUGAGUGUCAAUAUGUAGAUACUAAUGAUCUCUCAACACUCGAAAGCGUGAUGCAUUUCAAUCUUGCGUUUUGUAAUUUUCCUUAUGAGGAUCAAAUCUCACCAAUUUGCCUUUCACAAGUUA